UAAUUUCUCAAAGCCUAGCUCCCCUUCUUCCAUCUAUAUCUUUCUCUCUCUCUCUCCCCAACCACACUCUUUCAUGGACAUUGAGUCAAUGAAAUCAUCCUCUGAACAAGAUCAUCAUAUGGACAUGAUAUCCAUGAUGAUGCAAAUGGACAGAAUUCCAUUCAUAGGAACUACUUCCAAUUCAAAUUAUAACCAUCCCCUGUUUCACGAUCCCUAUUCAAAUUUCUUAAAAUUCGGCAGCUUCAAUGGAGUUCUAGACAAGAAAACCAAUCAUUCAAGCACAGAAGCAAUGAGAGAAAUGAUAUUCAGAAUCGCAGUCAUGCAACCGAUUCAGAUCGAACCCGAAUCAGUUAAGCCUCCAAAACGGAGAAACGUGAAGAUAUCAAAGGACCCACAAAGCGUGGCGGCUAGGCAUAGAAGGGAGAGAAUAAGUGAAAAGAUAAGAAUUUUACAGAGGCUUGUUCCUGGUGGGACAAAGAUGGAUACAGCUUCCAUGUUAGAUGAGGCUGUUCAUUAUGUUAAGUUUAUGAAGAAACAGGUUCAGUGUUUGCAGCAGGCGGCGACGGCGACGGCGGCCGGUGCCGGUGGUGGCGGCGGCGGUGGCGGUGGUGGGGAUUAUUUUUAUUCCUCUUCUUCGUUGGUUAAGGGAUGCCAGCAGAGUUCUUUAGUGAUGGGGUCUACUAAUGCUCAAAUGCUUAGAUGAUUUAGAUGUUUGUUGUGUUUUUUUUCAACAUUUUGGGUCUAUGUUGAUCUAUCUUAUAAAAGGGAUAAAUAAAUGUUUCUUAUUUUAAUGAUUUAUAUCA